GAUUUACAGACAAAAACAGAGCUUAAAAGAAGGAAGCGGGAAUAAACUAACCCUGUGACAUCUCCAAAUAUGUCUGGAAAACCAGUUUGCAUUGCUGAUUUUGAAGAGUAUGCUAAAAAAUUUCUCCCUAAAUCAGUGUAUGAUUAUUACCGAUCUGGAGCAGAUGACCAGGAAACACUAGCAGAUAAUGUAGCAGCAUUUUCAAGAUGGAAGCUGUACCCCCGGGUGCUCAGGGAUGUGUCAGUAAUGGACCUGUCAACCUCAGUCUUGGGGCAGAAAAUUAGCAUGCCAGUCUGUGUUGGAGCGACCGCUAUGCAGCGCAUGGCUCACGCUGAUGGAGAGACUGCUACUGCUAAAGCUUGCCAUGCAAUGGGGACAGGGAUGAUGCUGAGCUCCUGGGCCACCUCUUCCAUUGAAGAAGUUGCUGAAGCAGCUCCAGGUGGCCUUCACUGGCUGCAGCUUUAUGUCUACAAAGACCGGGAGGUUACAAAAUCCCUCGUGAAGCGUGCAGAGCGAGCAGGCUACAAAGGGAUCUUUGUGACAGUGGACACACCUUUUCUUGGCAGGCGCAUUGAUGACGUGCGCAACAAGUUCCAGCUUCCUCCUCACCUCAGAUUAAAAAACUUUUCAAGCAGCGACCUGGCAUUCUCCACAGGGAAAGACUUUGGAGAAAAUAGUGGGCUGGCUGUGUAUGUGGCUGAGGCAAUUGAUGCAAGCGUCAAUUGGGAAGACAUCAAAUGGCUUCGAGGGCUGACCUCUCUGCCCAUCGUUGCAAAAGGAAUACUCAGGGCUGAUGAUGCUAAAGAAGCUGUAAAGAUUGGGGUAAAUGGUAUCCUGGUGUCAAAUCAUGGAGCACGACAGCUUGAUGGGGUCCCUGCAACUAUUGAUGUCUUGCCUGAUAUCGUUGAGGCUGUGGAGGGGAAGGUGGAGGUGUUCCUAGAUGGUGGCGUAAGAAAAGGCACAGACAUUGUCAAAGCACUAGCACUUGGUGCCAAAGCUGUGUUCAUCGGAAGACCUCUCAUCUGGGGCUUAGUUUAUCAAGGUGAAGAAGGAGCAAAAGAAGUUCUCCAGAUGCUGAAGGAAGAGUUUCGCCUCGCAAUGGCACUGACAGGGUGCCGGAGAAUAGAAGAAAUUGGCAGGACACUGGUACGAAGACAUCAAGUAUUGCCUGCCAAGAUUUAAGUCUGAAGACAAUUGCCUCAUGUGUUGCCUGUUGUACAGAAAGUGUGCUACCAGACAAAAUCAACUUUGAUUUUUGGGCCUCCUCCCGCAAUCCUGACUGAGAAGGGUUGGUCUGUAGGAGAUCACUUGUUCAAGAAAGUACUUAAAGCAAAUUUUAUAGGUGUUGCUGUAUUCUCCGAGGCUUUUAAAGAAAGCUGCUCUAAUGAGAGUUGUGAUUAGAGAUGGGCCUUUAAGCGAGACCAGUGUGGAAACUUCAAGGUGUUUUGCAACAAAUGCUAAUAUUAAGUAACAUGA